GCCAAAUACCGCAGCUCCCCAGCUUAGCCCAGCAUACGGUGACGAGGAGAGGACAGAGGGAGCAGCUGGUGUGGACGCUGGCCGGAUGGUUAAAUCUAACCUACAGACGAUUUUGAAUAGUCACUGUUUUGCUAGAGAAAAAGAGAGAAACUUACCCGAGAUGCCUGUUAUCGAGAAGUCCAGUAAUAAACCUGAAAGUGAAAGUAUCUCCAGUCCUCUGAGGUGCUCCCGCUGUUGCAGUAACCCGUGUCCGGGGCCUCUGUGGUGCUCCGAUGCCCCUCUCCCACCCCUGAAGAUCCCAGGUGGGCGAGGGAAUGACCAACGGGAUCGCAAUCUUUCAGCUAAGCUGUUCUAUUCUGAUGCUCAGUUGCUGGUUCUUGAGGAGCCUUCCCCUGCCAAUAGCAGAGUGCGCUUCUUACUCUUUGAGCCCCGGCGCUCUGAAGGAAAGCACUGUGUCUGGAGGGCGGCGCUGAAAGGAGGAAACCUGUACGUUGAAAUCCCUCCUGGAGCUUUGCCCGAGGGGAGCAAGGACAGUUUUGCGCUUCUGCUGGAGUUUGCAGAAGAGCAGCUGCAGGUUGACCACGUUUUCAUCUGUUUUCAUAAGAGCCGUGAUGAUAGAGCAUCCCUGCUGCGUACAUUCAGUUUCCUGGGCUUUGAGAUUGUGAGACCAGGUCAUCCCCUCGUCCCUUCCCGCCCUGACGCUUUCUUCAUGGCUUACAGCAUCGAGCGUGACUCUUCAGAUGAUGAUUAAAAUUACGCUGAGCAGUUACAAAUCUUUUUUUUUUUGUUUGUUUUUGUUUAUUUCAAUCCACAACCACAUCUUUAUAAUUUUGUUUUUUAAAAAAUGUCAUCCAAGCUCAGUAUGGUUGAGGUGUGUUUUACCUGCCACGUGCUGUGUUUCAUUACGAUUUGCACUAGGGUAAGAUGUUAAUAUGUCAGGAAUGUAAAUCAAGCAACACGUAAUAUUUGGGCAAUGCAUCCUCACCGCUGUGAUA